AUGGAGGGCUUCAUGGACUCGGGGACCCAGACGGACGCGGUGGUGGUGCUGUCCCUGGCGCAGGCCGCCGUGCUGGGCCUGGUCUCCGAGAACGAGCUCUUUGGCGCCACCAUCAGCGCCGACGCCUUCUACCCGGACCUGGGCCCCCCGGAGCUGUCAUCGGCGGCCGCAUCCGCGGCCUCUUCCCUGGGGGAGCCGGGCCCCCCGGACCCCGAUGUCUACCAGCUCGCCUGCCACGGACGCGGCCUGGACGAGCCGGCGGCGGAGGAGGAGGUGCUGGAGGUGGAGGCGGCCUUUGAGAAGCACACGCGGCGGAAGACACGGCCACCGGUGCGCCUGGUGCCCAAGGUCAAGUUUGAGAAGGUGGAGGAGGAGGAGGAGGAGGAGGAGGAGGAAGUCUACGAGGUGUCUGUGUCCGGCGGCUGCAAUGACAAGGAUGCAGGCCCCGCUGAGGUCCCCAGUGACGUGGCCGGCGGCUGCGAGGCCCUGGUGCAGAGCAGCGCGGUCAAGAUGAUCGACCUGAGCGCCUUCAGCCGCAAGCCCCGGCCGCUGCGGCCCCUGCCCCGCGCCCCAGCCCCGCGGCCAGAGCUGGACCUGGCCCCCUACGCCCCCCACUUCCCCGAUCCCGCCCGGGAUGUCGUCUAUCCGGAGCCCGACGCCUUGCCCUUGACCUUGACCUCCGAGUGUGGCUUUGAGCCGCCGCCGCCUCCGCCGCACCUGGCCCCGCUGGGCGACCCCGAGGCGCCCCCCGCCUCCGCCGCCACCGUGGGGACCCCGGAGCCCCUGAAGCCCGAGGAGGGGGGCUUCGUGUGGCAGGAGGCCGGAGAGCUGGAGGCAGCCGCCGGCUCGACCGCCGAUCGGCACAAGAAGGCCCAGCUCGACCGGCUGGACAUCAACGUGCAGAUCGACGACUCGUACCUGGUGGAGGCGGGCGACCGGCAGAAGCGCUGGCAGUGCCGCAUGUGCGACAAGUCGUACACGUCCAAGUACAACCUGGUCACGCACAUCCUGGGCCACAACGGCAUCAAGCCGCACGCGUGCCCGCACUGCGGCAAGCUCUUCAAGCAGCCCAGCCACCUGCAGACGCACCUGCUCACGCACCAGGGCACGCGGCCCCACAAGUGCCAGGUGUGCCACAAGGCCUUCACGCAGACCAGCCACCUCAAGCGCCACAUGCUGCUGCACUCCGAGGUGAAGCCCUACAGCUGCCGCUUCUGCGGCCGCGGCUUCGCCUACCCCAGCGAGCUCCGGGCCCACGAGGGCAAGCACGAGAGCGGCCGCUGCCACGUGUGCGUGGAGUGCGGCCUGGACUUCUCCACGCUGGCGCAGCUCAAGCGCCACCUGGCCUCCCACCAGGGCCCCACCCUCUACCAGUGCCUCGAGUGCGACAGGGCCUUCCACUACCGCAGCCAGCUGCACAACCACAUGCUCAAGCACCAGAACGUGCGGCCCUUCGUGUGCACCGAGUGCGGCAUGGAGUUCAGCCAGGUGCACCACCUCAAGCAGCACUCGCUCACGCACAAGGGCGUGAAGGAGUUCAAGUGCGAGGUGUGCGGCCGGGAGUUCACGCUGCAGGCGAACAUGAAGCGGCACAUGCUGAUCCACACGAGCGUCCGGCCCUACCAGUGCCACAUCUGCUUCAAGACCUUCGUGCAGAAGCAGACCCUCAAGACCCACAUGAUUGUACACUCGCCCGUGAAGCCGUUCAAGUGCAAGGUGUGCGGGAAGUCCUUCAACCGCAUGUACAACCUGCUGGGCCACAUGCACCUGCACGCGGGCAGCAAGCCCUUCAAGUGCCCCUACUGCUCCAGCAAGUUCAACCUCAAGGGCAACCUGAGCCGGCACAUGAAGGUCAAGCACGGCGUCAUGGACAUCGGCCUGGACAGCCAAGACCCCAUGAUGGAGCUGGCGGGCGCCGACCCCUCGGAGCUGGACGGCCAGCGGGAGAUGGAGGACUUUGAGGAGAGCGCCUACACGUACGGGGGCGUGGACGGCGGCGCCGAGGCCAGCGUGCUCACCGAGCAGGCCAUGAAGGAGAUGGCCUACUACAACGUGCUAUAG